UGCGCAACACCGCUGUCAAGCCGGUAGCCAUGUGCAGAACGCUCCGCCAGACAUCUGGCUUAGUGUGCUUUUCGCGGACGGAAAUGGCGUAAGGGUGCGAUGAAAGCGAACGGAUUAGGCGCCCCUCCCUCUUAUUCUCUACCCCGUUUUACUCAGUGUAGGGCUGGGCGCAAGGCAAGCCUCGCGCUGCGAGAGACGCUCUGUAACGGGUGUCUAGCGUGGAAAGGGACGAGUGAUUCCCAGUCGUCAGUUACGCCGUUUGCGCAGCCGUCGUUGGAGGAGAAGACCUAGCCAGCGCUUUUCUCCGCCCGUCGCCUCUGCGCUGUUGGCGUAGCGUGCCCCAAGAUGGCGUCGCGGUCGUCGUCGUUGGCGGCGGUGGCCGGAGCGCUGGCAGCAGCAGCGGUGCCGACGUGGGAAGAGCUGCGAGGGGGAAUGAAGCGGCGGGCGGAAGGUGGCAGCAUUAGUAGCGAGUAGCUGUCGCAGAAAGGGUCUCCCCUCUCCUCGGCGGCCGUGUGAGACAGACUCUCCGGGAUAGCGGGUCCCCCGCUCCCUCAGGCAGGGAGACCCCCGACCUUCUCCCCCACCCCACCUCUCCGCGCGCGCAGCCGACAUCCUUUCCUCGGUCUAUCCCGCCGCCGCCUUCUGCUUGGUGGUGGGGCAUCCCACCCCUUUCCCCUGAGCGGAGGAUGAUGAAGCUCAAGUCUAACCAGACUCGCACCUACGACGGGGACGGAUACAAGAAACGGGCGGCUUGCCUCUGCUUCCGCAACGAGAGCGAGGAAGAGGUGCUGUUAGUGAGCAGUAGUCGUCAUCCAGAUCGAUGGAUUGUCCCCGGAGGGGGUAUGGAGCCUGAAGAGGAGCCAAGUGUGGCUGCUGUGCGAGAAGUUUGUGAAGAGGCUGGAGUAAAAGGGACAUUAGGAAGAUUAGUAGGAAUUUUUGAAAACCAGGACAGGAAACACAGAACAUAUGUUUACGUACUUAUUGUCACAGAAGUGUUGGAAGACUGGGAGGACUCUUUGAAUAUUGGAAGGAAAAGGGAAUGGUUUAAGGUAGAUGAUGCCAUAAAAGUUCUGCAGUAUCACAAACCUGUGCAAGCCUCAUACUUUGAAACCUUGAGGCAAGGCUAUUUGGAAAACAACGGCACUCCUGUUGUGACCACAUCAUUCUCAAAAGAGAGCACACUGUCUGACAUCAGAUGACUGAGGAUGUCCUUAUAAGAGAAACAGAUUUUGAAAAGUAGACUGAAACUUGGAUUUCCCUUUCUUCUCCCCUCUCCUUGCCUCGUUCACAUGCUUCCUCUGCCAAACAAGACAUGUGCAGCAGCCUUUGGCAGAGCAAAUGUUUGAGUGUUGCAUUCUAGUGCAAAGUGGGGUUUUCUUGCUUUUUCUUGGAUAUGUAUUUUGUAAAACACAUCUUGUGCAUGAAGUGCCCCUUCCCUUAUUAACAGCAUUUUGACAACCGGAAGACCAAGGCUGCUAGUUUCACCUUUGCUUUGUCUUCUGAAAUGUCCCUGUGUGUAUUGUCCCAGCCAUAGCCAGACCUCUUGUCUUUUCAGUUAAAGAAGGCUGCAAAUGUGAGAUCAGUUCUUUAAGUCUUAGAUUUUGUACAGUAAGGUGCUGUUGAGAUCUGUGUGGUGGCCACUUUCUCAGCGCAUGUGUGUAUACUUUUUUAGAUGGAGAAACCUAACACUUUGAUUCUGCAGAUUUUUUUUAAACAUGGGUUGCUUCUGUAAAGGAGGGCUUCAUAAUCUUGUUUGCCUUGUUUUUUAAAGAAACUUUUUUUGUGACAGUGCUAGUGGCUGGGCCAGUUUGACUUUCUGCACCCUACUCCCUGACCCAAAUUUAGUACAGUGACACUUAAAGAAGAAGACCAAGUUACAAUCACUUGCAAGACCUCCCUGGUGCUCUGUUCUUUCUACUGUUUCUGCCAAUAUGUCAUCUUUUAACAUCGAACAGCAAUGCAAGGAAUUGAUCACCCUUCACUCAAAAACAUAUGGCCUCAGAAACUAAAUGAAUUCCAGCCUCAGUAAAUAGGAAUCAGGGAUUCAAACUGAGGUAAAAUCUAGUGAACUGGAGCAUCAAGCCUCAAUGCUUUCUGCUAGUCUGGAAUUGUUUAUCUUCUUGCUGCAUACUGCUGAUGUCUCUUCUUGUCCACAUGCCUUACACCAUACUGAACUGGAUAUUGUAACUUGUGCUAAAGCAUUGGAUUGUACUUUGAGUGUCACUGCAUGAUGGGAUGGUCACAUUGUGUCCCUGAAAAGAAAUCCAAGGGAAAACCUUCAGGUGUUCAAUCUCCUUUGUCUGUAGCAUUGCAGCACUUGUAAAUGCAUCACGGAGCAUGCUCAAAAUUGUAAACUUUAUCCCUCAAUGGCAAAGGUACAACUGCCUCCCAAGUUGAAAUGCUGGUGUGGAGAACUGUGUCAUUUAAUAGGAUAGUUUGCCUGAUGCAUUGGCACAUGUCACACUUUUGUUUCUAUUGAUGUAUGUUUCAUGCUGUCUUGAUUUGCCAACAGUGUUGUCUAGUUGGGAGACUUUGGAAAGGGUUAUGGGAGGGGGUGGGCAUGGGGAAAGUUUGGGGUGGGGCAUUAGUUAAUCCCUGGCUUGGGACAGGACCUAGUUGCUAUAUUUGGUGACUUCUUCUUUGUCAGAGUAUAGCCAAGAUGUGAAAUUAAAUCUGCAGUACUCCUAUUUAAUUGAUUAUUCUCUCUUCCCACUAAAUACUUAACAGCAUUAUAUAAAAAUAAAUAAAUCCUGAAAUAGCCAUGCAGCCUGAAGUAAUGUAAAUUUAGUAUAAUUUUUGAAAGGAGUUGUUGAAUUUGAAAUCCAAUCUUAUUUCUUUGCUUGAAUUCCCUGCUUUCAGUGAAUGGGAUAGCAUUCCAUAGUAUGGGAUCACAAAGACAAAUGUAAAGCCAGUGAUCACUAAUUCCAAAAACUCCAUACAGGAAAAGGCUGAAAGGCAUUAUUCAAGAAGUGGCUUAAACAUGACCAUCUAGAACAAAUACAAAAUUAUGCUUUGCCACUUCACUGCCCUUCAUCUUAAAAAUCAAACAAUAAAAAUAUUAACUCAAAGGGCUUGACUAGUGUCUUGAAGUAUACAGUAUGAUUUCUCAUAAGCUGUAUAUAUAGCAAACUGUUGCCUUCAGCUAAGGAGGGUUUGUGUGUCACUAAAUAGAUUAGAACAUGAAAGAUUGUUUGAAAGAGAACUGAGACUCCUGAAAGGGUGACUGCAGUUUUAAUAUCUAUAGCAUGCACACUUUUUAAAACUCUAAAAUGUUUUUAUAGGGCUGUUAAACUGACAAUUUAGGAUAGAAUGUUGUUGAUGACUUGCUAACAGCUUUUUUUGGGGAGUGGGGUCAGAAAAAAAUAAAUUGUGCCAAGAAAGUAGCUUAAUGUGGGAUGGAUUGAUGCUGUUUAUGCAACUACAUUGAGUGGCUGAUGUUUGCUUUUUCAACUGGAAAUGGAAGAUGCAGCUCCUGGGGUGCAUACAGUGGAUUCUUCAUCAACGGUAUAUUUUAAUCCAGUCUUUGCUCCUGUUUACUAAAAACUCACCUUUUCACCUACUUUUAAUGCACUAUAGAGUGAGUCCACAGCUUUCCCAAUAUCUCAGGGUAUUCUGUAAUAAAUGAAUCAUAGAACUACUUAAGUAAUCAUAAUGAAAACGUCACACCAAUGCACCUUUACAGAGCAUGUCUAAAUACACUGGAACGUCCUACAUUGGUAGACCAUGCAUCUGACAUAGUAUAAGUAAUUAGCUAUUUUGAUUCAAGUACAAUCCAGUGCUAAGUAGGUUGACAGACUCUCAGUUUAGAGUUGAAAUGUUUUAAACUUUCAUUUGAGUUAGACUUCAUGCUGGGCUUUACAUAAAAUGCAAUCACCUUUAGUCUGUACAUACAAAACACUUAGAUUUACAUAUUGUAAUCAAGUACUGCUGGCAAGUGAGGAAAAACAUGCUUGAUAUUAAAUUCUUCUCCUAUAUUAAGCUUUAGAUUUAAAUUAUGGCUGAGCACCCAACAUCCUAAAGAUUGCAUAUAGCCUCCAAACCACUCUAGUGCAUCCCAUGGACCCUUGGAACCCCAGCUUUCAUUUUUAUAAAUAACUUUUUAGUUGCAGAUUGGAGGUUGAAUAUUAAUUGCAAAAAUUUGCUGAACACAAGUUCAUAAAGCAUUCCUUGCUUUAGGAAAAAUGGUGGAACAGCCUGGGCAGUGUUAGAUAUUUGUUUGGAAUAUAUUUACACAUAAUUUGGUGCCAGUGCUUGCUCUCUUUAUGUCUGUCCUUUAGACACAAUCAAGGUGGGCAUUUCCAUUGUGCCUCCCAUAUUUUAGCCCUACUUAAAUCAAGGUUGCUAGUACUGCUUAAAUCUGUUCUUGGCAGUGAGCCUGCACAUAACUGCUGAGUAACCUUUGUGAAUCGGACACACAAGUAGGGUUGUGAGUGAGAAUGCACACACCCUGCUAGUUCUAUAUUUCUACAGUGUGGAGAGAAAUAGAUUUUCUUUGGGAGAAUAAAACCAGCUCCUGCAAUAAAAUCUGGCAUCCUGUUGUGAACAAUGCAAUAGUGAUUUUCUAAUAUCCCUUCUGUGUUUCAGUGUUCUAGAUUAGAAAGUCUGUGUGGUAUAGAGUAAAUAGAACAUGCUGGAGUAUCUUGAUGUAGCUCUUUUUUGAAUUAAACCUUGAAUUAGCUCCCUUUAGAUCUUCUGAAAGUUGAAAAAAAAUUCUUAUUUGAAGCAUUUAGCUAAGUUUAUCCUCUGGAUUUCAGAUGCAGCAUAGCUAUUUUCUUCCAAAAGCAUUCGGUUAGUUACUCAUAUUCAUACAAUCUCUUUUCUCUGUCCCCGCCAUCUCUCUUUCCCCAGAAAGCCCUCGUUUUGUUUACUCAUUUCAAAACUUGCCAAUAAGAAAAUUUAGUGCCAUGCUAUCCCAGUAGUAGUUACAUCAGAACUUAUAACUGGGAAAGUGUUUAGAGAUGUCGUCUGUCACAUUUUUAAAUUUAAGUAAGAGAAUGGAUUAGGCUUAAUUGUGACUCCUGCUAGAUAAUGAACUUAUUCUGAAAUCAAAAGCAUGGGAAUUGGAGUAUGUACUAAUGAAAAUUCUAGAAACAUUUUCUAGUGAUUCUGGAUUUGCUGUUUCUUAUGUUAAAAAUGUGACUUUUCCUAAAGGGGGCUAAGUUCAGUUCCAAUCAAAGAUUGUGUAUAUUUCUUAAUACUUAGUUUAUCUGUCAAUAUAGUUGUCCCCAGGCAUUGAGUAUUAAUGCUUGGGAGGAGAGAGAGAGAGAGAGAUGGUAGUAUUAUGGGCCUACUUUAUACUGAAGCGGUAUAUAUGUAUGUGUGCUCUAAUCCCUGAAAUAAAGAAGCUGCUUUGAGUACAGUUUCCCAUCUCUCAUGACAACAAAAGAACCACUAGUACACUUUUUUCCAGUGUGAUUGUUUGCUCAAUAUGAAGUAUAAAUUGUCCUGGUAGUAUGUGGGCACUCCUCCAGAACUGGGCACCAAAGGAGUUAAAGAUAUGUGAGUGUUACUUCCGUCAUAAAACACCACUUUGCUGAUUUUAACAAGCACAGAAACUUUUGAGACAUCUGCCAGGUGGCUGUUAUCCCUAUGCUGUAGUAAAAGUCAUUUGGGACUCCAGUUCUGGUGUACCACUUAUUUCAUUAGAGCAGUGAACUAUACACUGACAAUUGGUCACAUACCAAUGUCAUACGCAUAUGAGAACAUUUCACACAUGCAAGGUGGGAAAGGCAAUUUUUGCCGAUUCCUCACUUCUUUCUGCAUCCCCCAAAAACAUGUUCUUGAAGGUUCCCUAACUCUUAAGGAUGUAUUUCAGAGGCCAUCUGGGAUAGUAAAGGGAAGGGGGUAACUGGCAAAAAUGACCCCUUCCACCAUUAUAUGUGCAAAAUGUUCAAAUACAUGCAUGGUAUCAGUACCAGCCAGUUAACUAGUACUUCUUUCUUUCUCUACAAGUUUUUGUUUGGCUGCUAAAGUUGGUUCCUUGAAACUUUCACAUUUUUAUGGACUAAAUUGCCUUUAUCCAGCCCAAGUUUCAUGACUAACUAGUCUGGAUACUGCCUUCUGUACAAUACUGAGAAAACUCUCAAAGUGAAUGGAAAUUAUAAGCACUGAAGGGAAAUCUACCUUCCAGAUGUCUUUGAAGAUAAAUGUUGUUAUAUUCACUACAAUAUGUUGUUAAACCUUCUCAUGAUUUUUUUCUUUGGAAACCAAUUUCCAAAAGUGUUGUUCGUUGUUGUUUUCUUAGAGGUUCCAUACAAAUAGUGUGUAGUACUAUUAGGAAAAGCUUAUGCAAAAUGCAUAUCACAUUAUCAGACCCCAUUCCACCCUCAAGUUAUAUAUUUUGCAUAGAAGCAGCACAGGAUGGGAAUUAUCAGACUUUUCUGGUCAGUAAUCCAAUAGCCGUGGUUUAUUUGGGAAAUGAACAAGUGUGCGUGCCAGGGAAGCAGUUGUUCUCCUUCAAAAGGUUCGUCAUUUGGGAAAUUGUGCUGGCACUGUGCAUUCACAGAGCUGUUUCAUCAGCAUUUUGAGUAACUUCUUACCUAUAGUGUAGCUUCACUAUAAAGGGAAUAAGUAUAUGGUUUCUCUUUGUGGGCUCUGAAGAAAGAAUGGAGUCAUGAUACCUCUCCAGUUUUGUCCAAUCUAUUUGGUUAGGAUUCUAAAGCAUAUAAAAACAAGGAAGCAUAGUUGGUCUAUGCAUAAUGUUUGUAGCCUUGCUGCUUAGAGCCAGGGUUGAGCAGGCUUCAGGAUCACAGGAUUUAUUUAUUUAUUUUGAAUCUCAAUGACCAGUUUAUUAGAGUUGAGUGCAAAUAAUGACUCUUAUUGGAGAGGGUGGACUUAAACGUAUAAUUAAAGAUGAGAAGGAGAGAGUGAGAGCGUGCCAUUAAAAGCAGUCUGUUCCACCUAUGUAAAGAUGAGAUACCAAGAACUUUUGGCAGUCUUAGCAUUUUUUUGCAAGAAAGCAGUUAUUGAUGAUUACUUUGUAAAAUCAACAAACUGUCUUGCUUCAUCACAGUAGGUGUUGGCUAACAAAGAACAAAAUUUUCACCAGGGGCUUACCAGUUUUUAAGCAUACUGAAAAAUGGAUUAAUUUUGCUAGCAAUAAGAGGAGACCAGGAUUAUGGAAGGAACUAAACAUGGCUUGUUAACACUGCGAAGUCUGAUUAAAUUAUCCAAAAUGGAGGCUGUCCCAAUUAAUUCAUUAUAGAUGCCAAACAAUAAGAUUGCCAACAGAGGCAAACCUAAUAGUUUAAUCUUUUGCUAUUCCUACUGAAAUUGUUAGGAAAGAGUAGCAGCCUGAUUUUCAGCUUGCACAUAUACAAAGCAGCCUUUGGAUUGGUGUGGGAAAGGAAUUACAAACUACCAGCCAAUGAUGUAAAAUGACUAUGCACUUGAAAUAUAGUUUGCUGUUCUGUAUCCACAGUUGGAAGGGCCUCAGUUGGUGCGAUAUCUUUACUUCCUGCCAACUCCAUGACCUCAUGCUGCAGCUGUGCACACCAAGAAAAGGGGCAUUUCAAAUGGUGUGUGUGUAGAAAGGCUCAUAGUAGCUUAUGCUAACAAAACCCACACUCAGAAAUAUUUGUGAUUAUCAUAUGAGAAACCCCUCAAGUUCUUUUGAUUAACAUUUAGGUAAGUAAUGAAAGUAAUCAUUCCAGAAAUCAUGGUAUAAUUUCACAAACUCUUAUAAAGCUGCUCUUAGGUGCUAUCAGUUUCUCCUUAGUAGUAUUCUGGAGAAAUUCUGGUAAGAUACCAUAGUGCAGUGAUCUUCACUGUUUUUCAGAUGGGGGCUACUUUGGCAAAAAAAAAAAAAAAAAAACCAAACAGCCACCUUCAAUGUAAGAGUCAUUUCCCACUGUAUGACCUCUGUACAAUAUUGUGCUUUUCUCAGUGCUGAGAGGGCUCUUUAAGAGAAAUGGAACCGCCUCUUAAGAGCUCUAGAAGGCAAGCACUGGGAAUGGCUACACUUGGUAGCAUUCUUCACACCUUCCAAAAUGGUACAGGGGCUCAAGAAGGCACUGUUUCCCUUAAAGGAGCCCACCCCACACUGGGCAAAACACAGCACUGCACAUUGAGAAUGGUUGUCUUCAUGUGGUGCUGAGGGGGACUGUGCAGAGUAUUCAGCUUUGGCCAAAGCGUCACACCGGUCCAACAGACAAUUAGUCAGGAAACCACACUUAGGGUUGAUGGGGGCUGCAAUGAAGAAUGGGGCCUUACUGCCAUAGUGUGUAUGUCCACAUUGGGAAACUGGAGGCUACCUGUGCAGCUUAAGAUUUCAGUUAAUAUACCACAUUCCUGAUCAACUCUGAUAACCAAACAUUUUCUUUUGGCCCUGUUUCAGAGGAAGAACUAGGAGAAUGUGAACGUGCAUGGUUUCUUGUAAAAUCUUUAAAGCAACUGCAUGGAGCUGUUGAAGAGACGUUAUUUCUGAGUCCUUGCACCUCGUUUUAUUUACUGUCUUGUUUUGCCUCCUGUCUACGAUGGUGGAUGAGAUGAAUAAAAUAUUUGAGGACCACUCUGCCAAACGUCACCUGCGUCCCUUAUGCAUGGAAAGAGGUAGACUUUUAUGUUCUCUUACAUUCCACAAAACUGUCAGGUUUACCAAGCAGUGUCGGAGGGAGAAAAAAUGGUCAAGGGGAUUGAAGUGGGGUUGUAGCUCAGUAGCAGAGCACAUCUUUUGCAAGUAGAAGGACCCACGUCCAAUGGCGGGGCAAGAUGCCUGUCUGAGACCCUGGAGAGCUGCUGCCAGUCAGUGUAGGAAGCAGUGAGGUAGACAGACUAAUGGUUUAAUUCGAUAUAAGGCAGCUUCCUAUAAGGUUGUAUGACUUGAAAAUACUGCUUUCAUCAUGUGUGUUAAUGCUAGCAUUUGCACCUCCUGAUCUCUGUUUUUUUAAAAAUGAAUACCUAAUUUGAGAGAGAAUCCUUUAAAUGAGGGAUUUCUUCCUAUGGAUUACAGCUGAAUUCUGCCAAACGCUUACUUCAUGUCCAGACAGAUACUAUAUUUUAGUGUGCCCUUUGAGAAAUGAAACUGCCCAAAUGGACAGCUCACUCAAGGAAGGCAGGGUGCAGCUAUUUUGAGACAUGAAGUUCAAUAACAUAUACGUCAAAUGGCAACUAUGGGAAUUGGCCCCAAGAUGAACUCUUGCCCCAUCUUUAAUAUUGCUGUCUACAACAAGACAGGCUAAAGAUGAGACCUUGGGUUUCUAUGGACCAUAUGAUUUAUGAAUUGGAAUAGAAUUAAAACCUUAAUAUAAGCUUCAUCGGAAUUAUUUCUAAUGACACUUAGUAGUGGCUGUUUGCCUAAAUUAGAUUGUUUAAAUCAAAAUAGAGGAAAUGAACAACUCCCUUUUUGCUUGAGGGAAGAAACAUUUACAUAAUUACUCUGAAUUGCGAUAUCAAGUGAGCAGUGCUACUCAGUUGCUUAAGCUUGAGAUGGGAAUGCCUUCUCUCUACUUCAGGAAUUUUACUUCCAGUUCCAGCUCUGUGUUCAUGGUGACACUAGGUAAUUCCCUUGACUAUGGACCAGAAUUAUAGUUCAAUAAUUCUGAGCUACAUGCUUUGCAUGAAGAAGGUCCUAGUUUAAAUCCUAGGCAUCUCCCAGUUAAAUAACCUUAGCUAGUGGAGCUAUAGAAGACCCCUAUGUUGAGACAUCAGAGAUCUGCCAGUUAGAGUGAAAAAUACUGAGUUACAUGUCUGACUUGAUGUACUGAGUAUACAGUUUCAUGUAUACAGUACUCUGUCUCAGAAUUCUACAUGUAAAAUACAAUUAUCAACUUAGUCUUGUAUGAAGCUUGUUCAGAUUGAUAUCAAAUUGCCAAGUCAUGUGUUUUAGUAUGUACUGUGUAUUGUUUAGUUUGAGCAUUUAUUACAAAAACAUGAACAUUUUAGUUUCCUUAACAAUGAAAGGAAUAUGGCAUAAUGCAUCUCUUGCAAUAAUGUCAUAUACAUGCAAUUGCGUCCCCUUAAGCUGCAGCUCCUUUUUGAAUUGUUCAGGCUUUUUCCUUCCCUGAUUUCGUGUCAGAGGAAGUGGAUAAACUUUGCAAAUACAUUUAAUGGAAAACCUAGCAAAUUUCACCUUAAAAACUAAGUGUAAAGACUUAUUGGAUACUGGGCUGAUCUUUCUGGAUCAAUUUACCUGGGACUUUAGCCCAUUUUACUCUGUUAGAAUUGAGCCCAGUACUGAAAACAGUAUAAAAGGCUGUCAUUGCAGAGAACAUUAUUGCUUGUCAUGAGCCUCUUGGGUGUCUAGCUUGGAAAUUCUGGGAUCAUGGGCUCUAUUGUCAGUACCAAUAGAAGAAGCAUUCUUUUGUGAUGAGAAUUUUGAAAACCGGGCUGUAUCCUGUACAAAGUCAAAUUCCAUCAGGAUUCCCUCUUCAUGUUAGCUAGCCUGUACUGCACAGUGCCAUGUAUUUGGUGCCACAAAUAAUGCACAUAGAAUUGGCACUAACUUGAUACCCUCUUAAACAAAAUUAUGUUAAGGAAAACACACAUUGAGACUAACUAUUGUAGCGUUGCCUAAAUGACUGGGGUCUAUAACCUAACAUUUUGCUUAUCACAUAUUCUCGCAAGGCCAUGGAUUUAAAGGUAAUAGCCCUUAGUACCCAGCACUACAUGUGAAACGGUAUCUAGCAUAUUUAAUACUCUCUCUCUCUUUUUCUCUCUUAUUCUUUUCUUAUUCUAUUCUUAUUCUUUUACUGUGUCUCAUUUAAGAUAAAUCCUUUUGAUGUAAUAGCAAGUAUUUCAAGAUGAAUAGUGUUAAUAAAAAUGGGAUAUAAGAUUGGCGAUGAUGGCAAAAAAGGGGUACCUCUACACACAUAAUAUUUUGGACCUUUCCACGGGGCCAGCCAGUGCAAGUCUCAACCACAUUUUGGUCUUUACACACCACCGGGUGUGUGCACGUGCGUGCAUGGAUAUGUACAUGCACACCCCUAGAUGAGGGCUCCCACUCAAGAGUUGCAUCAUAAGCUGUAUCUAGGAGGUCCCAUGGCACUUGGGCAACCAACAACAGUAGUGUGCUUUCUGGAAGAACAGCAUACUUCCUGAUACAAAGUAUUACAGUUGUGUUAAAGGUAAAGUGAGCCAUCAAGUCGAUUUCAACUCCUGGCACCCACAGAGCCCUGUGGUUUUCUUUGGUAGAACACAGGAGGAGUUUACCAUUGCCUCCUCCCGUGCAGUAUGAGAUGAUGCCUUUCAGCAUCUUCCUAUAUCGUUGCUGCCCAAUAUAGUACCAGUGAGGAUUCAAACUGGCAACCUUCUGCUUGUUAGUCAAGCAUUUCCCUGCUGUUCCACUUAAGGAAAUGUGAUAUCCCUGUAACAGCAGCACAUGAGAGCUACAUACAGUGAAAGUGGGGAAAGGCUCAAAAUGUUGAGUGGAAAAUUUUAUUUGGAACUUAACUUGGAUGAGAUUAAGACUUUCCAGUGAAGCCAACACUAGUAUUCCAAGCCCUGCAACUCAGGCUAAAAUGAUAAGGUUAAAUGUUCAAUCUUUCUUGUACACAACUUGUAACUAUUAAGCAAAGAAGCUGAACAAAGAAUGUUGCCUCUGCCUUGGCUAACUACCAAGUAAGUCAUACAAGUGAUGUCAUUUGUCCAUUUACAAGAACUUCUUCAUGAAAGUGAACUUUGGCUUGAAUAGGAAUUGCUCUGAAAGAGCCUUAUUACUAGCCAGUUUUUAUUCUUCUUCUCUAGUCCCCAUCCCCCAUUAACUCUGUAGAUGUUUUAAGUGAGAACCCUUAUUUUCUUUUGGAGUAACAAUCUUAGCAGCCUAUUCCUCUUUUUAAAAUAGUGAUUAUUUUGGACCUUAUGAAAGUUAUUUCCUAUGAAUGAACAUGCUUGGGACAACACCCAUCUGCUUAUACUGAUAGGUUUUACAUUGCCCAAGUUGCCCACUUUUGAUCUGGCUUUCAGUAGUAAUCUGUCUUUUGUAAUCAUUUUUUUGUUUGAAGCUGAUACGGAAAUUCACAACAUGAAGUUAAUGCACUGCUUUUCCUGUUAUGGAGCAAUGCGUCCUUCACUGUAGAUUUUAAUAUUUUUUUCAACAUGUGUCUAAGGUCUCUUGUUAUGACUGUACUUGAUACAGUCCACUGGAAACAUGACAACUUUAAAACUUUUUAUUUUAUUUUUAUUUAUUACAUUUAUAUCCCGCUCUUCCUCCAAGGAGCCCAAAGUGGUGUACAUGGUUGUGUUGGAGGUUUUCUACUGACAUUGAACCAAGGCACUGUGUACAGGUUGUAUAUGCAAGGUUUCCAGAAAGUAUACUACAGUAUACUUUUAAACGUUAAAAACUGCUCUCAACUGAGUCUUGAUGCAAAAAGUAAAAUAAACACCAGCAAAAGACUAAAUAUCCAGGCAGAGAGCUGUGAAAUGUCUGUUAAAGUGCCAAAUAGCACUUUCAGUAACACUGCACAGAAAUCUCUCCAGUGAGUUUGAUUUGAGCACAAAUUUUCUUGAAUAUGUUCAUCAUUCCAUUGUGUAACCCAAGACCAAAAUGUGUCUCAAUGACAGAGAUCCAUCAUCCUGUUUAAUAGACUCCUGCUGGUGUAUGACUCUGCCUGAAAUGGUUUAUUUGUACUUAAUGGUAAAGGGCAAAACAUUGCAAAGUUGUUGUCACUUGGACUAUAUAUUGCAGUUUAAUUUAGGUUAAUCCUAAAUGCACAGUGCGACUGUUUUGAAAACUUGUUUCAGCACCAGAUAUUAUCUGAGAAUUGAUACAACUGGAAGGUUAGAGUGCAAAUGUGUGUUUCCUAAUUAAUAUACAUUUACAAGGAAAAGUUAAUGAUGUUUAUUACAUCUGAGGGCCAGAUAUUGGUUCAAACUGUUUUUAAGCAACAUCUGUGACACUGCUUGUGUGUUAAGGCUACAUGUUUGUGUAGACGGAACACACACCUACUUGAUUGUGUGUACAUAAAACUCCUCCAUGUUUGUCAGACUUCUCAUAAAGUGUAAAAGCUUCUUUUUGUUAUGGUUUCAGCCUUUAAAAAAAAAUCUUUCACUUCUUUAAAUAAAAUCUUGUCUGUGUUGGGCCAGGUACCCAAAUAAUGUGACUGUUGUACAAGUGAAGUCAAUAGAAUGGUGCUCCUUUGCUUCAGGAGAGGAUCUGGGUCCUGGUGUUCAUACAAAGUUAUUUUUCUCUCUCAAAAUAUUUCCCUUGGUGUAAGAGUUGUGUGUUUAAAAAAAAAAAAAGACCCCCUUUUUAAAGCUAGAACUCUUUUUCCAUUGGACAAGUUUAGGUUAUAAUCUAGUGCUGCCAACCAAUAAACACAUCACUAUUUAACAUACAA